AUGGUGCAAUCCAUCUCAGAAGCUGAAUCUAUUGGCAUACUCAACCUGCCAAAUCAGCGCCAUAAGAGUAAUUCCUUUCUCUGUGUCCGUCAUGCCCAGCUAACGCUCUCUAUCGCAAAGCGUGGUGGACAUUUCACUAUAAUGGUCGUCGGUGAAUCUGGCCUCGGAAAGUCUACACUCAUCAACACACUCUUUUCCACUGAGCUUUCCGCUAAGAAGGAUUACCGUCGCCGCCACGCCAAGCAGCUCGACAAAACUACUGAGAUUGAGAUUAUCAAAGCUGAAUUGGAAGAGAAGCAAUUUAAGGUUAAGCUCACUGUCAUCGAUACCCCUGGCUUCGGUGAUUACGUUAACAACCGUGAUAGCUGGUCUCCAAUUAUUGAUUUCAUUGAUGAUCAGCAUGAGUCUUAUAUGCGUCAAGAGCAACAGCCAAACCGUCAGGAAAAAUCUGAUAUGAGGGUACACGCUUGUUUGUACUUUGUUCGUCCAACUGGCCACACACUUAAGCCACUGGACAUCGAAAUCAUGAAGAGACUUGGUACGCGUGUCAACCUUGUUCCAGUAAUCGCAAAGGCAGAUACCCUUACUCAGGCUGAUUUACAGUCAUUUAAGAAGCGCAUCUGGGAGGUCAUUCACGCUCAAGGUAUCAAGAUAUAUCAACCACCUGUUGAAUCUGACGAUGAAGGCAACCAACAACACGUUCAAGACCUCAUUGACUCUUUGCCAUUCUCAAUCAUUGGCUCAACUGAGGAUGUGAAGAAUGGUGAAGGAAAGCUUGUGAAAGGAAGACAAUACUUAUGGGGUGUGGCUGAGGUUGAGAACGAGCAGCACUGUGACUUUAGAAAGUUAAGACAGCUCCUCGUUAGGACGCACAUGCUUGAUCUGAUCAAUACCACUGAAGAAACGCACUAUGAGCACUACAGACAAGCACAAAUGGAAACGAGGAAAUUUGGAGAACCAAAACCAAAGAAGCUUGACAACCCAAAGUUCAAAGAAGAAGAGGAAGCUCUCAGAAAGAGAUUUACUGAACAAGUUAAGUUGGAGGAAGGCAGAUUUAGGCAGUGGGAGCAUCACUUGAUGGCUGAGAGAGACAGAUUGAACAAGGAUCUCGAAACUUCUCAUGGACAAAUCAAAUCAAUUGAGUCAGAGUUGGAUGCAAUACAAAUUGGCUAUGGCCGCUCACAACGCCGUUAA